AUGGGAAUGAUGGGUUUGGAUAACAGGAGUCACUCAGGAUUCAAGCAGGGCCCGCGGGGGCGGGAGAGCCGCAGCCAAGCGGAGAAGAGCAAGAAGCAGGAGAAGGAGAGCAAGACGCAACCCGAGAAGGUUGACGGGAUCGAAGACGGGGAGAAUGAAACGAAGGGUGAUGGGAAGAAUGAAGCGAAGAGUGAUGGGAAGGCGAGCACGAGAGGAGGGAAGGUGAACAGGAUUCGGCAGGAGGCGCUAGAGCGGGAGAGGGUAGCGCGGGAGGAGAGGGAGGCGGCGAGGAAGCAGCAGGCGUGGAGCAAGAAGGAGAUGAAGCUCGCACGUUACGACGCCGCCGUGAAGCGGAACGUUGCUCGGAGUAAAGGACAAGCGGCCAAGGAGAGGCGCAACAGCCUGCUGGACGAGUGA